AUGGCGAUGAUGAUGACUGGCCGUGUGCUGCUGGUGUGUGCCCUCUGCGUGCUGUGGUGUAGUGCCUACGGUAGAUGUACGGAAGAGGAGUCAGCUUCCCUUUCUCGGUCUGGUAUUGGCGAUUCUAGGACGGGGUCAGGCGUCUCUGGGGAAAACGGAGUGAAAACGGAUAAAACAAAGACAAUGAAAACUGCGUCUGAGGGUGAUUCUCAUCCCAGUGAACGAGACAUGUCAGAUGGAGGAAGCUUUGAUCAAGCACCACCCGAUAAAUCUAUGUGUAAAGAGAAGAAUGAUGGUUCUACUGUCAAACCUUUGACUACCGAUGGGGAGGUUCUAUUGGAUAGUCAGGAAACCAUUGCCACUCAUUUGAAAGGGACGGACACAGAACUGGCAGACCCAAAUAUAAAUCAAAAUCAUAAAAAUCCAAAAGCAAUUGAUGGUAUUGACACACAAUUACCAGGCGC